ACACGCCCCGCCUCCUGCGCUCCGCCCCUCGCCGCACCGCGCCUCGGUUCCCACGGCGCCGCCGGGCACAGCGAAAGAACCCGCCCUCCCUGCAAGCAGUCCCGCCGGGCCAGGCCGCGCGAACAUGGCGCUUGUCCCCUGCCAGGUGCUGCGGGUGGCCAUCCUGCUGUCCUAUUGCUCCAUCCUGUGCAACUACAAAGCCAUCGAAAUGCCCUCCCAUCAGACCUAUGGGGGGAGCUGGAAGUUCCUGACCUUCAUUGAUCUGGUUAUCCAGGCGGUCUUCUUCGGCAUCUGUGUGCUGACCGAUCUCUCCACUCUCCUGACCAGAGACAGCGGGAACCAGGAGCAAGAGCGACAGCUUAGGAAGCUCAUCUCCCUCCGGGACUGGACUCUGGCCGUGCUGGCCUUUCCUGUUGGGGUUUUUGUUGUCGCCGUGUUCUGGACCAUUUAUGCCUACGACAGAGAGAUGAUAUACCCAAAACUGCUUGACAACUUUAUCCCAGGGUGGCUGAACCACGGAAUGCACACGACGGUGUUACCCUUUAUAUUAAUCGAGAUGAGGACAUCGCACCAUCAGUAUCCCAGCAGGAGCAGUGGACUCGCCGCCAUAUGCACCUUCUCCGUGAGCUAUAUAUUAUGGGUGUGCUGGAUACAUCAUGUCACCGGCAUGUGGGUGUACCCUUUCCUGGAACACAUCGGCUCAGGAGCCAGGAUCAUCUUCUUUGGGUCAACAACAAUCCUAAUGAAUUUCCUGUACCUGCUGGGAGAAGUCCUGAACAGCUACAUCUGGGAUACACAGAGAACAAAGCCUCCUUGUUGGCAAGACACACAAUCUUAUCUAAGCUGUGGCAACCCUGUCCAAAAUCUGUGUAUGGAAGAAGAGAAAGAGAAGCCUAAGGUAGAAUGAGAUCCAAGUCUAAAAGGGAAAGCAGGAAGGAGCUACCCUUGAAUUCCUUUGGCCCUGGGCACCAGCAGUGAGGAGACAGAACUUCCAAGGGGCCAUGGCAUCAACCCUGACUCCCUGACCCUGAGGGAAGACAACUUUUAUAUUCAAAUAUGUGCAAAAUAGGAUGCAUUGUUUUUGAAAAUCACUCACCCUUGUUGUUUGAAGUACUCUAUUCCAAGUUCAUUCUUGCUGACAUUUUCCCUCUUUUCUAGUUUUAAACUAAAGUUGAACACCGAAUCUCCAUUUCUGCAAUAAUAACUCCACUUACUGAAGAAAAAUUGACUGUGUUUCUUGCUAAGGAAUAUAAUAAAGUUGCAGGGGGCAGAUGUGGAUCCAGAUAUUCAUAUUUAGUCUUAAAUGUGGCUGGAGUAAUGACUCUGGGGCACAAUAUGGACCCAAGAGGAGGCAGGAGAGGUGGUUCCUAUGGUGACAGCCAUGGUUGCCUGGAAUGAGCACUGUUAGUAAUAAAUAGUACCAGUUUAGUUAAAACCCUGAGUGUGCUUGAAUCUCCCUAUUUAAUCUGUGAAUAAUUCCCAUGUGCAAACGUUACUGUUAAUAAAGAUCCAACAACCAA